AUGGCGACCACGGCGUUUCUAUCCCCGGCCAAGCUGGCGCUGCAAGGGCGCCGGUUCGCGAGCGCCAAAACGGCGGGAGCGGGACGCGUCAGCGUCAGGGUCAGGGUCCCUCCGGCGCGAGCCCAGCAAGAGCAGCAGGUGAAGGAGGAGGAGGCCGAGGUGGCGACCUUGCCGCCGACGCAGGGCGCCGAGGAGCAGGCGAAGGCGAGGAAGGGGGACGCGCAGUCGCUGCCGCGGCAGCCGCUGGCGGAGAGCAAGAACAUGAGCCGUGAGUACGGCGGGCAGUGGCUGAGCUGCACCACGCGGCACAUCCGCAUCUACGCGGCGUACAUCGACCCGGAGACCAACGCGUUCGACCAGACGCAGAUGGACAAGCUGACGCUCAUGCUCGACCCGCAGGACGAGUUCGCCUGGACCGACGAGGCCUGCCAGAUGGUCUUCAACGAGUUCCAGGACCUCGUCGAUCACUACGAGGGGGCUGAGCUGUCGGAGUACACACUUCGGUUGAUCGGGUCAGACCUUGAGCACUACAUCCGCAAAAUGCUGUAUGACGGGGUGCUCAAGUACAACAUGAGGUCCAGAGUCCUCAAUUUCAGCAUGGGCAAGCCUCGGAUGAAGUUCAACAGCAGCCAGAUCCCAGAAGCAAAAUAG